CACACGGGUUCUCUGCGGCCGGGGUCGGCGUUGGGCGUCGCUCCGGUCGCGAUGGCGAAGUGGCGGGUCACGUGACUGUACUCCACCGCUCUCCGAGGCGGCGCAGUCAGGGAAGGGGGGAUGUAGCAGCAGCAGCAAGCGAGCGAACAAGGCAGCAGGCAGCGCCAAGGCCGGCGGCAGCCCGAUCCCGAGGCAGCCCUUCCGGCGAGCCCAGGGCACGAGCCCCCCGGCCCAGCUGCAAAACGGCGGCGGAUGGCAGCGCGCCCCAGGCGCAUCGCGUCACCCGCAUGGAUUACCUGGGCUGCAGCUUCGCUUUUCGCGACGUUUACUUGCGUCCUGGCCGAAGAAGAGUGCCUGAACUCGCGCAUCCAGUGCUACGACUGCAACUCGGAACAGGAGCCUCGCUGCAGAGACCCGUUCAACCACAGCGAGGAAAACCUGCCGACGCUGAGGGAGUGCCAAGGAUGCUGCGUCAAGAUCGUCAAGAGGCACGGAAAGCACGACCAGGAGGUGCGGCGCACGUGCACCGAGCGGCUGCAGAUCAACAUGUUUCUAGUGGACCACGUGUGCAUGUACGAAUCCGGCGGCGGCGGCCACAUGUGUUUCUGUGAGAGUGACGCCUGCAACUCGGCUCCAACGGUCGCCGACGGCGCGGCCUCCUCACUCAUGGUCGUCCUGUUGUUGCCGCUGCUGCUGGCCACCGUGCAGCGGCUGAUGACCUUCGCCUCACCUUCCACGUCGACGACCGAGGCCCGUGCGAGGCUGAGAACUUCCUAGACCUCGCCACGUCCACUGGUCCCUGCGGGCCACAUGGUGUAUAACCGGCCACCACCAGCGCGGCGUCGAGAGAGAUACUGAGGGACUUGCACCGUCCACUAUGUCGUAUAGAUGCCUGGGACAUCCUCUCGCCAGUGUGUGCGCGUGCGCAGCUCUAGGCAUCCGGAGACUCGAGGUCGCCAUGUGAAACGUCGGGCCCCGGUUCUGGGUUUCUGCGGCGGCGGCCUUGGUGCGUGCGCCCGAGAGGCAGGCAGUCACUGCGGCUGCGCAACGCAGCCACAACAACGGCUGUGACUUAAGGCCGACUACGUCCACGUCAUCAGACACAGUUCUGACGACAAGUAUAGAUGUUGUUCUAACUUAUCCAACGCGAUGCUGUUUUCGCCGAGAGUCUUGAAGCGGCUGUAGGUAGCUGAUCAACCUCGGAACCGUUUCGAUCCGUCUUAUGUUGUUAGUUUUGGCUCUGAUUGGUCUCUGUCCGAAUGACUCAAACUUUUCUGCCUCGAAGAAGCGUAACGGUGUUUCCCAGGUUGUGCGCCCUCAGGGUGGGGUUUGUGGCUUGGUCAAGCAAUAGUUUCGCGUUGUUUGUGGCCGAAAGCUAUAAUUGGAAACGAUUACAUAUUAUUGAUACUGAAAACAAAACAAAACACCGCCAGAAGGGAAUGUGGAGAGCAUUGAGUAAUAUAUUUACAAGCACCCAGACUUUGCAUCCCCACAGUGGUUGUGGACUCACUGAAAUAAACCCUGCUGCCAUGUUUAUCAAACAGUGAUAUGCCAUCCACGGCUUGUCCAUGGAUGCGAUGUGAUAAACUUUAAACGAUAUACACCGUUACGCUGCUUCACAUUUAGAUUUUGUUUUUGUUUCACGCUACAAUACGUGCUACUGUUACUGCGUAUAAUUUUCGGGUUGAUCGACUAUGAUCCGCGGAGUGCGAUUUUAGGCGUGUUUCUGAAUUGGUGUGCAACCGAGGCGCAUCUUUCCGUCUGGUCUUGGAAUGAUUUCAACGUUUUAUCGCCCCCAUUUACAUUAUGUUUUCUGAGAGCGGUUAUGCGAUUGCUCUUGAGAAGUGCAGUUAUUGCAU